CUAUGGGGGAGCUCGUCGUUGCCUGACCGCCAAGAAAUUAUUUUAAAUCCAAACCGCGGGCGGUUUGGAAAGCUUUUAUUUUGAAGGUUUCAAAGGCGCUCGCUGUUGGCAGAUUUCCGUCAUGCAGUGUACAGUUUUAACAAUCGCGGGCUUGACAGCAGUACGGUACUGGGGCACGAUGAGGGAUAGACACCCUUGACCAAAUUCUCCUGAAUUCGUCGUCAGCGUGCUCAAACCUGCACCCGGGUCACCCACAAUCAUCUCGCUGGACCAAAACAUCUUUCGUCGAAGCUUCUUGUCCGAUUAAAGUCGUCUCGGUGUACGUUGGUGUUUCUCGGCCUAGUUUAGCUUCGGUUAGCUUCCUAGCCGCUAACAAAGAGGCGCUCGUGCUCAACACAUCGCUGCGCAGAGAUCGUAAGCGUAAAGUGUUGUUGUAAUUUUCGUGUGAACUAUGUGCGCAAGAAGGACAUCAGAAUACGAGGAGGAACUUUGUGGAGAAAAAGAGGACCACAAGGGACAAAGUCGACUGCUGGACGUCAUUGGCAGGAUGCAGCCAAGAAUUGUUCUUCACAGAUUAGACACCAGUGAAGAUGUUUGUCGUGAGCGGCUGGCUGCAGGACCCUCUCACAUUAAAGAGGAAGAGGAGAGCAGAGAGGUCUCCUAUGUUAAGGAGGAGGAGGAGGAGCAGGCUCUUUACAUGAAAAAACAGGAGGAGCCAGAGCACCCUUGCACGAAAGAUGGUGACAACACCUCAUCAAAUGUUGAUGAUGAUGAGGAUGAAAAGUCUGAUGAUAUCAGCAAAGAUGUUUGUCCUGAGCAGCUAGAUGCAAAGCCCUCUCAAAUUAAAGAGGAAGAGGACAGCAGGGAGGUCUCCCACUUUAAGGAGGAAGAGGAGGAGCAGGCCCUGAACAUUAAAAAAGAGGAGCAGCCAGAGCCCACUUGCACGAAAGAUGGUGACAACACAUCAAAUGUUGAUGAUGAUGAGGAUGAAGAGUCUAAUGGUGAUCUGACAUGUCACACUGACAACACACCCUGGAAAUGUCCUCAGUGUGGCAAAACGUUUACUUAUCAGAGUCAUUUGAAAAGACACGUGAGAACUCACAGUGGUGAGAAACCUUUUGCCUGUUCCGAUUGUGGCCAAAGAUUCUCCCAUAAAGGAAAUUUAAAAAGACACACAAGAACCCACACUGGUGAGAAACCUUUUUCCUGCUUACUUUGUUGCCAAAGAUUCUCUUGUAAGGUAACGUUAAAAGCACACACCAGUACCCACACUGGUGAGAAACCCUUUUCGUGCUCAGAUUGUGGCCGAAGAUUCUUUUGGAAGGGAAGCUUAAUGAGCCACACAAGAACGCAUACCAGUGAGAAACCUUUUUCCUGCUCAAUUUGUGGCCGAAAAUUCUUUUGGAAGGGAAGCUUAAUUAACCACACAAGAAUACACACCGAUGAGAAACCUUUUUCCUGCUCAAUUUGUGGCCAAAGGUUCUUUUGGAAGGUAAGCUUAAUUAACCACGCAAGAACACAUACCAGUGAGAAACCUUUUUCUUGCUCAAUUUGUGGCCAAAGAUUCUUUUGGAAAGGAAGCUUAAUUAACCACACAAGAACACACACCGACGAGAAACCUUUGUCCUGCUAAAAAUACACACAAGAACCCACGCUGGUGAGAAAUCUUUUGCCUGUUCCAUUUGUGCUCAAAGAUUCUCGUGGAAAUAUCAGAUUAAUAAUCACAAGUGUGAUGAUGAGAUGAACAGUUCUCAAUGAAAUUUUCACCUCUCAUCUGAGCAGGCUUCAUGAGUCCAUGCACCAAGGCUGAUUGUAUUUUAUGUACUUUUCCUUGAGUGCAUUGAAAAGUUUUUUUUUGGUGGUCGUAUUGAAUUAGAAAAUCUUGCUUUAUCGUCAACAUAAUACUUUUGGAUUCUCCAUUUUAGGUAGUUUGUGUUUGGCUUUGAGUUGUGGUCUUUAAAUAUAGUUUGUUUUCACUCAUUUUCAGAGAUGUGGUUGUUUGAUUUAGUUCUUCAUUUUUUGUUUCCUUUUUUCUUUUUGUUUUAAAUUUUACGGUCCUUGACUGUACAGCACCCCACGUGUUGUGAUGUGUGUUUAAUUGUCUUUUAUUGGAUGCGAUCCUGAAUAAAAUGGACAUCAUCCAUUUUGUCAGAAAAUGUGUGAUGGAACCAUGAUGUAAUUUGUUUUUUAAUAUUGUUUGUUGCUUGCUGGCCAAUGAAGUUCUCUGUGCUCAAAAAA